AUGCCGCCCGGAGACUGGCUGCGCUGGGCCUGCCUCCUGCUCCUGGCCGGGCCCACCCUGCCCUGCCCCCAGGGCUGUGACUGCUUCAUCCGGGAGGUGUUCUGCUCGGACGAGGGCCUCGCCGCCAUCCCACUGGACAUCCCGCCACAUGCCACAGACAUCAUCUUUGUGGAGACCUCGUUCACUGUGGUGGCCUCCAGGGCCUUCAGCGGCAGCCCCAACCUGACCAAGGUGGUCUUCCUCAACACCCAGGUGUGCCACUUCAGGCCAGAUGCCUUCGGGGGCCUGCUGGGGCUCCAGGACCUGGAGAUCACCGGGGGCAACUUCUCCAACCUCAGCGCCGACAUCUUCUCCAACCUGAUCUCGCUGAGCAAGUUCACCCUCAACUUCAACAUGCUGGAGGCCCUGCCUGAGGACCUCUUCCAGCACAUGGGUGGCCUGGAGUCCCUCCAGCUGCAGGGCAACCAUCUCCAGACCCUGCCCCAGAGGCUUUUCCAGCCUCUGAGAAGUCUGAAGACCCUCAACCUAGCACAGAACCUCCUGGCCUACCUGCCCGAGGAGCUCUUCCACCCCCUCGGCCGCCUGCACACCCUGAGGCUGAGCAACAACCAUCUGGCAAGUCUGCCCCGGGGGCUCUUCAGCCGUCUGGGCAGCCUGCAGGAACUCUUCCUAGACGGAAACUCCAUCUCCGAGCUGCCCCCAGAAGUGUUUGCGCAGCUCUCCUGCCUGGAGGAGCUGUGGCUGCAGCGCAAUGCCAUCAGUCACCUGCCCGGGUCUGUCUUCUCCACCUUGCCCAACCUGACCUUCCUGAGCCUGCAGGGCAACGCGUUGCAGACGCUGCCUGCCGGCCUCUUCGCCCAGUCCCCAGGCCUGGUCAGCCUGUCCCUGUCCCACAAUCAGCUGCAGACAGUCCCCGAGGCAGCCUUUGCCAACCUGACCAGCCUCAGAUCCCUCAUGCUCUCGCACAACGCCCUCGCCCAUCUGCCAGCCGGUGUGUUCAGAGGCCUCAAGGGGUUGGUCAAGCUCUACCUGAGCAGCAAUAACCUGACGGUCCUGCACCCCACCCUCUUCCAGAACCUGUCCAAGCUCGAGCUGCUCAGCCUCUCCAGGAAUCUCCUGACCACGCUCCCCGAGGGCAUCUUCGACACCAACGACAACCUGUUCAACCUGGCCCUGUAUGGGAACCCCUGGCAGUGUGACUGCAACCUGGCCUAUCUCUUUAGCUGGCUGCAUCAGUAUAGCGACCGGCUCUUCAACAUCCAGACCUACUGUGCCGGCCCUGCCUACCUCAAGGGCCAGGUGGUGCCCGCGCUGAAGGAAGAACAGCUGGUGUGCCCCAUCACCCGGGACCACCUGGGCUUCCAGGCUCCGGGGCUGGAGGACAGGGAGCCGGGGGGCGCCUGGGAUCUGGUUGCGGAGGAAAGGGCAGCCAGGAGCCGAUGCACCUACAGCAAUCCCGAGGGAACUGUGGUGCUGGCUUGUGACGAGGCCCGGUGUCGCUGGCUGAGUGUCCAGCUGUCCCCCAGGCAGGGCUCCGGCUCCCCAGGACUACCCAUCAAUGCCAGUCAGGAGUGGGACUUGAAGUCCAGCUGUGGCUCUGUGAGGGUCACUGUGUCCACUGAGGCUCUGGCAGGGGAGCCAUAGGUGCAGGGAAGAUGGGCCAGGACCCUAGGCAGAUGGCCUCUGGGCCCAGCUGGGCAAGAGAUGGUGAGAGGAGCUGAGGCUUGGGUUUUUCAGAUGCGAGGGCUGGAGUUGCAUCUCCAAGGUGGACAAGGGGGCAUGGCUGGCUCCACCACCCAGGGCCUCUUUCAUUACCCUGGUCUCUGAGAAUGAUACCUAACAGGACCUUCUGCAAGCUUUGCAAA